AUGGUCGACCCCUCGGAGGCUGAGGAGCCGAACAAGUGUAAAGGUCCACAGCUCCAGACGCCGGCUGUGGCCCCUGAGCCCCCCCGACUGCCGGAAGAAGCCGACGGCACAACGACAGAAGAGGAUGGAGAUGCUGGUUUCGAGACUCCGCCCACCGGCAGCUCUGAGCCGAGCCCCUGCCACGCUGCGUGCCCGCCGGCGCCGGACGCUGCCUCUCAGGGGGCGUCGCCUCAGCCGCCACAGACUCAGACCGACCCGGCGCCCAAGCUGCACCUGGACCUGUACAACUUCGACUCGCCGGCGGCAGAGGGCAGCCGCUACGUGCUGACCAGCCCCCGCUCCCUGGAGGCGUGUGCUCGCUGUGGGGUCAAACCUGUGGAGAUGCUGGCCCGCCCGCUCGGCGACUUCGCCCGAGAGGCGCCCGGACGCUCCAUGCGCGUCGCGGCAGGGAUGUUUGAGGUCUACGAGAGGGACCGGCACGCCAAACUGAGGCAGUGCCGGGAGGAGAGGGAGAGGAUCGUCCGGGAGGAGAAGAGACGGAUUCACCAGGCGACCGUCAACGGCAGCAGCAGCGUGUCCUCCUCCUCUCUGGAUAAAUCCUCCUCUGGCUCCGCCCUGGAUGCUGGCGCCUCCUCCAGAGCAUCAGGUCCAACCUCCAAACCAGGUCCAGAUGUUUUAUCUAAAGCCUCCAGUCAUAGCACCCCCCCUAAACAUGCCCAAGCAAAGUCUCCUCAAACGUCAAAAAAUGGUUCUACUCCAUCAUCCAAGAGUUUCCAAGGAUCUGCCAAACUUCCUUCGUCCUCCUCAGCCGGACAAGUGAAAACCGCGCGGCCUCUCUCGUCCGGUCCUCCACCUGUAGUCAGGAAGUCCUCCGGUGGUAAAUCCUCAAACACUUUCCCCAGAUCAACACCGAAACCGCCUUCUUUCCCCAGAGCCAACUCCACGCUAUCAUCCUCGGUGUCAAAGCCUGCAGGUCAGAGCUCUGGGGCGCCCCCUAAUGGUGUAACAGGAGCAGCGUUCUCUCAGCACAACGGACAUCUUGCAUCUCCAGCCAAGGGGAAGGUCAAAAGCCAUUCGAUGGAGUCCUUACAGCGAAAGAUGGAUCCUGUCUGCUGCUCCACCUCCACCACCACCACCAACACCACCACCACCACAUGCACCUCCUCAGAGUCCGGGGCUUCCUCCUCUUACAGUUGGGAUGGAGCACGAGAUCACUGGGCGAAGUUCUCCAGCCCCCGAGCUCGCACCAUGGCGACCUUCAACUCCCUGAUGGGUCGCAGCCUCAGCCUGGGCGACCUGAGCCACUCUCUGCAGACCACACAGAAGGUGGAGCGCAUCGUGAGGGAGGUGGGGCGCCGAGGCCUGAAGGCCGUGUCCGAGCGCGACCGCAAGAUCGCCGCCUUGAUGCUCGCCAGAUAUCAGGAGGAGGACAUCAUGAGCCAGACGCGCUACGUGGCUCAUCUCCAGUGGGACAGCGAGCGCCGGAUGGACGAGCUGCGGCGGGAGCAGGAGGACCGAGAGAAGCAGCGUGCCGUGCUCCAGUGCCAGCGGGUGUGGCAGACACAGGUGUCCAUCCGCCAGCGAAGACUGAGCCAGCAGGAACGCCAGUCGUCAGCCGCCAAGAUGCGCCAGGCCGAGGAGAGCGAGGAGCGCUGGAGGGAGCUGGCGGAGCAGCAGGAGCGCAGCCGCCUGCUGAGGCUGCAGCAGGCGUCUCGGGAGGGGAAGCAUAAGAAAGUUCUACAGGAGCAGAACCUGAAGGCGCUGGAGGAGGAGAGGGCGGCCAUGCUGGAGCAGGAGAGGCUGCUGCUGAAGGAGAAGCUCACCAUGGCCGAGCUGAAGAGGCAAGAGAAGGAGCACCAGGCCCAGGAGGAGAGACUGGGUCUGAACAAGGCAGAGAAGAGACGUCACGCCGCCCUGAUACAGGAAAUCGCUCGGCGGGAACAGGAGGAGAGGGAGGAGGCGAGGCGGGCGGCGGACGAGAAGCUCAGCCGCUCCCUGGAGAAUUACGAACAGAUAGUGGAGCGUCGGGGGCAGGAGCUGAAGGAGAAGGCCAAGCGUGAGGAGAAGCAGAUCCAGAAAGCACGCAAGGCUGCAGAGAAGCGUGAGCUGCAGCAGCAGCAGCAGCUGGAGGCGCGGGCGAAGGAGGCGGAGAAGCGAGCGCAGCAGGCGUCGCUCGUGGCCGAGGAGAAGGCCAAGGAGAAGGCUCAGCGCGCCACGCAGAGCCGCCAGGAGAAGGAGCGCCUCCAGAAGCUCAACAGGCAGCGCGUGGCGGAGGAGGAGAAGCAGAGGCGCACGGAGCUGCUGCAGUCCAUCGAGAGGAAGCUGGAGAAGAGCGAGCAGAUCUUCCGGGAGAAGAGGGCGGUGCUGGAGAGCGCUCGCUCCGUGGCCCGGGCCUCCUUCCACGUGAGGGACAAAGUGCGGGAGGAGACCAACAUGCGUACGUUUGAUAAGAUGAACCUGGAAGCUCAGCUGAAAGCCUGCAUGGGCGAGAAGUAA